UGUACUGUUCGCUUCUCAGAAUCUGAAAGUUGCAUCUUGGUAGGUUAAUCUCUCAGAGGGAUUUGAUCGAGGAUGGCAUCCAAGAGGAUUCUAAAAGAGCUCAAGGAUCUUGUGAAAGAUCCUCCUGUCUUUUGCACUCUUGGUCCAGUUGCUGCCGACGAUUUGUUUCACUGGGAAGCAACAAUUAUUGGUCCGCCUGAUAGUCCCUAUGCCGGUGGAAUGUUUCUUGUUACCAUUCAUUUUCCACCUGAUUAUCCAUUUAAGCCACCCAAGAUAGCUUUUAGGACAAAGGUUUUCCACCCAAAUAUCAACAGCAAUGGUAGCAUUUGCCUUGACGUUUUGAAGGAACAGUGGAGUCCAGCACUUACAAUCUCCACGGUGUUGAUGUCUGUAUGUGCUCUGCUAACAGACCCUAAUCCUGAUGAUUCUUUGGUGCCGGAGAUUGCUCAUAUGUACAAGACCGAUAGAAACAGGUAUGAAACAACUGCCCGGACCUGGACCCGAACAUAUGCCAUGGGUUAGUUAACAAAGUGUGAUUUUGGGCAUAUUAUCAGUGGUAUGUUACUCUACUCCAUCGGAGUAGGGGUAAGGUCGUUGUUGUAUUAGUGGUAUGUUAAGCAAAAUGAAGUUUUUCUUAUGCAUAAUCAGCUCAAGGGAAAAGGUUAUGUUGUUGCCUCCUGAAACACUUCAAUUUUGCUUUUUUGGUUUGUGUUAUGAUAUAACGGUUUUGUAACUUUAUGGAUGGGUCCAAAUUAAGCAAGUUUGACCCUUUAGUUUAAUCUAAGGAAGUAAAUAAGUUAGUUUUCUACUCAUCACUGGAAUCCAGCAUACUGUUAGUUUUUUCUUUUUUUGUUUUCGGCAAAAUUACAUCAGAUAUUAAUUGGG